ACUUCAGAUAUUUCUUGGAGAACCCACCGCCUUCACGUGUUGCUGUUGAAGAAAAUUCUCACAGCUCUGAGGACCGAUUUGAUUCCAUUUCGUUUCCCUUUUUCCAUAUCCUUCAAUCACAUUCACAAUCCCGAUUCGCUCUCUCGCCGAUCGUCCUCCAUUGCCGUCCACGAUGCAGUACAACAACUUAGGCAGGUCCGGCUUGAAGGUCAGCCAGUUAUCAUACGGUGCUUGGGUCAGUUUCGGCAAUCAACUCGAUGUGCGAGAGGCUAAAUCUCUUCUUCAAUGCUGCCGUGACCACGGCGUCAAUUUCUUCGACAACGCUGAAGUCUACGCCAAUGGAAGGGCUGAGGAGAUCAUGGGCCAGGCCAUUCGCGAGCUUGGAUGGAAGCGCUCUGAUAUCGUCGUCUCCACCAAAAUCUUUUGGGGCGGUUCUGGUCCCAAUGACAAGGGGCUUUCCAGAAAACACAUCGUUGAAGGUACCAAGGCUUCGCUGAAGCGAUUGGAUAUGGAGUAUGUUGAUCUUCUCUACUGUCACCGUCCGGAUGCGUCGACGCCGAUCGAGGAGACGGUAAGGGCGAUGAACUAUGUGAUCGAUAAGGGAUGGGCGUUUUAUUGGGGUACUAGUGAGUGGUCGGCUCAGCAGAUCACUGAGGCUUGGGGGAUUGCUAAUAGAUUGGAUUUGGUUGGGCCGAUUGUGGAGCAGCCGGAGUACAAUUUGUUAUCUCGUCAUAAGGUCGAGUCCGAGUUUCUCCCUCUGUACAGCAACUAUGGCAUAGGUCUAACGACAUGGAGUCCGCUGGCGUCUGGUGUGCUCACUGGAAAAUACAACAAGGGAACUAUACCACCUGAUAGCCGAUUUGCUUUGGAAAAUUACAAAAAUCUUGCAAAUCGAUCUCUGGUUGAUGAUGUGUUGAAAAAAGUCAAUAACUUGAAACCAAUUGCGGAUGAGCUAGGAGUGCCAUUGUCGCAACUAGCAAUUGCAUGGUGUGCUUCAAAUCCUAACGUCUCAUCGGUUAUCACCGGCGCCACGAAGGAAUCUCAGAUUCAGGAGAACAUGAAGGCCGUGGACGUGAUCCCACUGCUAACUCCAGCAGUAAUGGAGAAGAUCGAGGCUGCUGUUCAAAGCAAGCCAAAGCGUCCAGAGUCAUUUAGGUGAUCAUAGCGCACCAUAGUCUUCUGUGUAUUGCUUAGUAGCUUCCAUAUUUAUGUGCUUUUAUUUAUGAUAUGCUCUGUUAUGACCUUCUUUGUUUGCUAUGAACUUUUGGGGAUUUCUUUUUUCUAGUCUUUAUUAAUGUAUGUGUUUGAUUUUUGAGGGACAUAAAAACAA